AUGGCGAAUAAUCGGAGCGUCCUCUUCGUGUGCACCUAUAAUGAUGGCCGCUUUCAAAUGGCUGCUGGAUAUCUCAAUCAUCUUGCGGGUGGCCUCAUCGAAGUCCGAUCCGCCGAACCACCACCUGCCGACUCAAUCGACCCUGUCGUUGUGGAAGCUAUGCUAGAAGAGGGUAUCGACCUAAUAUUCCGAAAAUCGGAAAUCGUCACGGCCGAUGCCCUGAAAGUUAGCAAUGUCGUGAUCACAAUGGCCUGUGGUGACGCUUAUCCCCUUUUCCCUGGCAAGCGCUACCUCGAUUGGAAGCUUGACGACCCUGCUGGGCAAGGUCUUGAUGCCGUGCGUCCGAUUCGCAACGAAAUUCGUUGGCGCGUCGAGAAUCUCAUCAUCGCCGAACUUCAACCCUCUGGUUGA